CCGCGGGAAAGGACUAGCCCGAAUCCUCCGCCGGGGGGCGUGAAGCCGGAUCGCCUCUUGCCUCUCGCGGUUGUCGGGCAUGGGGAGCGCAGUGUGAGCCGCUAACCCCGGGAGCACUCAGGAGCAGCGGAGCCAGGCGACCAGAGGAGCCGGCGGAAAGAAACCCGGGAUCGGAAGAAGGAGCCGAGGGAGGGCGAGGAGGCGGGCGGGGAAGCCAGGCAAAAGUGCAGCCGGGAGGAGAAGGCGGCGGAAGGUGGGGAUUGAUGCUUCUGUUUUUUGUUGCCGCUGCUGCGCUCGCGCUGGGAGCCAAGCCCGAGGGAAGGCGGUGGAGAGAUGAUUGCAGAGUUGGUGAGCAGCGCUCUGGGGCUCGCCUUGUAUCUCAACACCCUGAGUGCGGAUUUCUGCUACGAUGACAGCCGUGCUAUCAAGACUAAUCAGGACCUGCUCCCAGAAACCCCAUGGACACACAUUUUCUACAAUGACUUUUGGGGAACUCUUCUAACGCACAGUGGUAGCCACAAGUCCUACCGGCCACUCUGCACUCUUUCUUUUCGGCUCAACCACGCCAUCGGAGGACUGAAUCCCUGGAGCUACCAUCUUGUCAAUGUUCUCUUGCAUGCGACCGUCACCGGGCUCUUCACACGCUUCUCCAAGGUCCUUCUCGGGGAUGGAUACUGGACUUUCAUGGCCGGCUUGAUGUUCGCGUCUCACCCCAUUCAUACGGAGGCAGUGGCGGGCAUCGUGGGCCGGGCAGAUGUGGGCGCCAGUCUUUUUUUCCUCCUUGCCUUGCUCUGCUACAUUAAGCACUGUUCUACGAGAGGCUACUCAGCCAGAACUUGGGGCUGGUUCCUGGGGACCGGACUGUGUGCAGGAUGCAGUAUGUUGUGGAAGGAACAAGGAGUGACUGUCCUGGCGGUCUCAGCAGUGUAUGAUGUCUUUGUCUUCCACCGGCUGAAGAUGAAGCAGCUCUUACCUUCCAUUUACAGACGGAAGAACUUGUCUCUCUUCCUCAGCAUUAGCUUGUUAACCUUCUGGGGGACCAGCCUCUUGUGUGCCCGGUUAUACUGGAUGGGAAACAAACCACCAAGCUUCUCCAACUCCGACAACCCGGCAGCUGACUCGGACAGCCUGUUGGCUCGCACGCUCACCUUCUUCUAUUUGCCUACCAAGAACCUCUGGCUCUUGCUCUGCCCAGACACCCUGAGCUUCGAUUGGUCCAUGGAUGCUGUGCCUCUUCUCAAAACAGUUUGCGACUGGAGAAAUCUCCACACUGUGGCCUUCUAUUCUGGACUUCUGUUCCUUGCCUACUGUGGUUUGAAGAACCCAAGUGUAGACGGGGAGUGCAAUGGGAAAGCUGUGUCAAACGGCAAGCAGAAUGCAAAUGGCCACAGCUGCCACUCAGAUGUAGAGUACCGGAACUCAGACGCUAAGCCCAGCUUUGCAUCCAAAGCAGAGAAUGGCAUUAAAAAUAACGUAUCACAGAGAACUCAGCUCCCGUCCACAGAGAACAUUGUUAUUCUGUCCUUAUCUUUGUUGAUAAUCCCUUUCAUUCCUGCCACGAACCUGUUUUUCUAUGUCGGCUUUGUAAUUGCAGAGCGAGUAUUAUAUAUUCCCAGUAUGGGUUUCUGCCUUCUGAUCACAGUGGGUGCCAGAGCCCUUUAUGUCAAAGUCCAAAGGAGGUUUCUCAAGAGCCUGGUUUUUUACGCUACAGCAAUGUUAAUUGUCUUCUAUGGACUCAAGACUGCGAUCAGGAACGGAGACUGGCAAAAUGAAGAGAUGCUCUAUAGGUCAGGGAUAAAAGUAAACCCAGCCAAAGCAUGGGGUAACCUUGGAAAUGUUCUGAAGAGUCAGAGUAAAAUUUCUGAAGCUGAAAGCGCCUACAGAAACGCUUUAUACUACCGCAGCAACAUGGCCGACAUGCUGUAUAAUUUAGGGUUGCUGCUCCAGGAAAACAGCAGGUUGGCAGAAGCAUUGCAUUAUUACAAACUGGCUGUCGGGAGCCGGCCGACCCUGGCUUCUGCCUAUUUAAACACGGGCAUUAUUCUGAUGAACCAAGGGAAGACAGAAGAAGCCCGGCGAACAUUCCUGAAGUGUUCCGAGAUUCCAGAUGAAAACCUGAAGGACCCUCAUGCACAUAAGAGCUCUGUGACCAGCUGUCUGUACAACCUGGGGAAACUCUAUCAUGAGCAAGGACAUUAUGAGGAUGCCCUGAGUGUAUAUAAGGAAGCAAUUCAGAAAAUGCCAAGGCAGUUUGCCCCCCAGAGCUUAUAUAACAUGAUGGGUGAAGCAUACAUGCGACUGGGUAAGCUCCCUGAAGCUGAGCACUGGUACAUGGAGUCACUGAGAUCCAAGACUGACCACAUCCCUGCUCACCUCACCUAUGGGAAACUGCUCGCUUUAACAGGUCGUAAGAGUGAGGCCGAAAAGUUCUUCUUGAAGGCCAUUGAGCUGGAUCCCACCAAAGGAAACUGUUACAUGCACUACGGUCAGUUUCUUCUGGAAGAAUCUCGCCUCACAGAAGCCGCUGAGAUGGCAAAGAAAGCAGCCGAACUCGACAGCACAGAGUUUGACGUCGUCUUCAAUGCUGCUCACAUGCUCAGACAAGCUAGCCUCAAUGAAGCAGCGGAGAAGUAUUAUGACCUGGCAGCUAAACUGAGACCUAAUUAUCCCGCUGCUCUCAUGAACCUGGGAGCCAUUCUCCAUCUCAACGGCCGGCUCCAGAAGGCUGAGGCCAACUACUUGCGGGCUCUGCAACUCAAGCCAGAUGACGUCAUCACUCAGUCCAAUCUCCGCAAGCUGUGGAACAUCAUGGAGAAGCAAGGAUUGAAGACCUCCAAGACCUGACACACGGGGGCUCAUCGUCUACGCUUGUCAAAGCUGGCUUCAGUAACAGACAGACCUUCCCAGCUGUGCUGCGAUCAAAGUUCACCGUGGACUUUAAGUCCAGGACCGAGGUCGUCUUGGUUACUGCCGCUGCUGCGUGAAUCCACUUUGCUAUGGGCAUCGCCCCUUAACACCAAAAAGGGAAACAUUGAAACCUCCUGGAGGGUGGAAUUGUUACCCGUAGGUAGACUGUAAACCAGAGCACUUAACAGGAUCUUUGGCAUUUGUAGAAGGGAGGGGGAAAUCUUCAUUGCAAACAUUGUUCACUUUUGAAAGAGAAUUUUGAAAUAUAUUGUUCCUUCAACACUGUGAGAGGAAGGUCAGAGAGCCCAUCCAGCCACCGUGGACUCUUAAGGUUAAGUGUGAACAGGGGAUGAUUAAAGCAUAGUGUGAAUCCAGUGGCCCACCAGUUGACCUUACCGCUGUUGGCUUCCCUCUCUGGGACAGCCUGCUUAUUGAUUUCUGAAACUUAUGAAACUUUGAUUUUAAUACUGUGUCAGUAUCUGUCUGAAUCUGCCGCUGUUUCUUGACGCAUACACCUAAACAUUUUAUGGUUUGAAUGUCCUAGGCUUCCCAGGGUUGAACAUCAUUUGUUUGCCCAUGUCUCAAAAGGAACGUGAAGAGAUGCGCUAACCACUCAUACAGGCGGUAUGAGAGGACCUAGGGAGGCCUUGGGUGUGUGUCCCAAGUCAUGUUCAUUUUUAUAUCGUCAGUAUUUUCUCCAUAACUUUUCGUCAGAUCUCGUUGUGUUAAUUCUUUUGAAAUUACCUUUUCCGGUGUCUAUAUACACAUAUCACUGAGGCCGAGACAAAGGGAUGCUAUGAGUGUUCCAGUCCCGGUGCCCGAUGGUUACUAUAGAAGGCAAAGUCCUUGGUGCUUCCUAGACGGUGGUUGCUAUAAUGAGUCAAUGAAGGUUGAGUACAGAAGGAUUAUUGUCAAUGAUUUUGUGUUUUUGAAAGAGCUGGUGUAAAAUGCCCAUCGAUUCCAAACAUAUGCCCAAACAGCGAUGCAGAUAAAUCCUGGAUGAUUAUCUUAUUUUGCUCUUCCUGAAAGACGUCAAAAAUAAAUUAUUUGAAGAUGCCAUGAAGUAAGCAUCAGCCUGCCUAUAUCUAUGUCUUCUGCCAAAUGCUUUUCUUAUUUUCCAAUAGAAAACUGAGUAUUUUACGUCCUUACCUAAUAAUAGGUAUUUCAGUGAUCGUUUUAUAACAAGACUAUAAAAUGAAACAGAAAAAAAAUUUCUUUAACGUUUAAAAUUUGCCACGGAAAAUUAAAUUCCUGGAAUACCAGUGCAUUAGCAACUUCUUUGUAGAGAAAUUAACUAUUAUAUAUCCUGCAUAUUUAUUUAUUUAUUAUCCAACCCUAUGAAAGGAACAAAAAAAGAAAACAGUUUUGUUAAGACAGUUAUUUGCAGCUAAAAAUUUGUUUUUUCAUCUUCCCUUUCGUACGUCAUGUAUAUAUACACAUAUGAUCAGAUGCUACUAAAGGGAAGCCGGACAUGCAAAAAUACUAUAUUUUCCCCUCUAUUCUAGGUUCUGUCAUGUUUUUGAAUACAGUGGGCCAAGACUCUGAAGUAGCGGUCCUAUGACGUUAGCCUCUUUGUGGGAAGGAUAAAUGAAGGGGGGAUGUUUGAUGAGAUUAAUGAGAAGGCCCUCCUACCAGGUGUAUAUUAUUUUGUAAACAUUUCGCUCAAGGGCCAGAAAUUAAAUUAUAACUAAAGCACUGUGCUGUCAGAAUUACAUUUAACAUUAACACCAGCAACCAAAAUAGCGGGUUGAAGUAUCUGUCUCAUUUUCUAGUGCAUUGGCAAUUAGGACCAAAGGAAGAAAAAGGAAUUUAAUAUAAGGCUAUAAAGAUGAAUUCAGUGUCUAACAUUUUCUAUUUAUUUAAAUAGUUGUUGUGCUAUUCUAGAUUUCCCAUUUUAUGUCUUUCUCGUUACUGUUUCUUUUUCUCCAACACUUGGUUCCUUUAGGUUCACCGAAUGCACCGUAGCCAGACUCCACAUGACUCAGUUUCCCAACGUUGUUAACAGCUGGGCCUGUGUCAUAAAAUGCAUGGAUCUUUAAUACCUACACAUCCCUGACACUUUUCACCCCAGGGCUGGACUUAAGUAGCUGACCAACUCGGGGAGGGGAGGGCUGGGUUGUUAGAACAUGAUCGAAACGUCUCUGCUCAGGGAUUUAUGGUGGAUCAUUGCAGACAGUGCU